AUGGCGCCCGUGUAUUUGACUAACCGUGGCUUUUCUAUCGGCAUUGGUGAUGUAAAACGGUCAGAAAGAUUGCUUAGUGAACGAAAAGCUCUCAUCAAUGAUGGUUAUCAUAAAUGUGAUGACUUUAUUGCACAACUAGCUUUUGGACGUCUCAAGAUGCAACCCGGCUGCGGUGAAAAAGAAACACUUGAGUCUUUGAUUCUUCGAGAUUUGGGCGUGGUUCGUGAUCACGCAGGUCAAGUUUGUGUCAAAGAAUCUCAGCUCACA